AUGGGUCAAUCGCGCGCUGUCUUCAUAGCGGAAGGCAGGGUGGGCCAGACCUGCAAGCUGGUUCAGCAGAGCCCCGAGGGCCCCUGCAAGCGGCGAAGAGCAGCCAGCAGCGGUCAGCAGCAGCGCUCACGAUCCCUGUCCCCCUAUCUCACUCGCGUGGGAGGAGGCUACGAUUACAUCUACCCCAAAAUACCAUUCAAUGAUGACUUGCAGUACAGCUUGCCACGCCCAGAUAAAGGGUUGACCUCAGGCCAGCGUGCAACCAGACCCCAAAGUGAAGAUGUGGCAGAGCAGGCAACAGGACGCGGUCCAAGAGGCAUCACCAGGCCCCUGUCGGUGUCAGUGCAAGCCUGCCAGAGGGAGUAUGACCAGCGCAUGCUGUCGGAGAUCAUUCUGCAGGCGGAGGCCAUCGCUGCACAGGACAGAUGGCUGGGCAAAAGCCAGGCAAGGCUUAUCCCAUCGCCUGUCGGCGUUGCUCACAUGCUGCAGGCCUAUCAGAAGGUGCUGCCCCGGCACGGCAUAAUCGCGGCAGAGGACACAUACUACUACCGCAUGGUCAUCACUCUCAGCCUUAGACCGGAGGCGGACUGGUGGGACAAGCUGCAGGCCGAACGCAGCCUGCUGCGGGGCACCAGGGGCCUGAGUCAGCCACAGCCUGGCCACCUCACAAUAACACCCAGGAGGCUGGACCCCAUGCAGCUUCCAGCGCUUGAGCACACACCCACAGCAGCGCCAUCGCCUCAAGAGGCACGCAGCGAGGCAGCAGAGCCAGCUACCGAGGCGCAUAGCCGCCAGGAAAACAUCCCGGCCCCGGCAGACGCUUGGCAGGAGGUUGCAGACGAGUUCCUGAGGCGAUCCGCGGAGCGGGCCCCGCUGCUUCGGUCGCGGUCUGCGUCCCCGCAACGGCUGCGCCAGGCGCCCCAGCCGCCGCCCCGGCAGACUGCUGCCACGCGCAGGCGACGGCCGACGCUCAGAGAGGAGACGCACGCGCCUCUCGCCCAGCACCCUUCUCCCUGCGGCUUCCAUGCGGAUGCUUGGCAGGGGGAUCGGCAGCCUCAGCAGCGCGAGGCAAGAGGCAGCUCGUUUGGAGACUAUGCAGCCGCAGAGGCUGAUCAUGGGACGGUGCCGCAGCAUCGCACUGUGCUAGGGAGCGGUGCGCAGAUUGGGGAGAGGGAGGCGGAGCUGUGCAGGGAGCAGCGCGGCAUUGUGCAGCGCUGGCUGCACAGCGCAAGCGGAUGCAACAGCGGCAGCGGCGGGGACAGGAUCCCGGCCGCGUGGCCCCUGCCGGCCGCUCCAGAUCGCCACCGCCGGCCGAAUAUCAAAGCAGAGCCGUUCUCUACCAGGCAACGUGCCGGCUACACUGACAGGCGCCAGGAGACAUUUGGAAGGGAUGUCACAGGUGGCAGGUCUCCCAGGCGGGGCUUGGAAGGCAGGGAUGGCUUCGGGGCUUCUAUUAGUCCGGUCAGGCACCGGUCAGCCAGCCCGGAUGUGGCGAGGCGGGGGGUUCGUAUGAGUGCUCAAGAGGGGCCUCGGCGCAAGGGAGAGAGGGCUCGCUCGGCCAGUCCCCCCUCCGCCAGGUCAGCACCGCGGCAGCUGCCGCGCAAGAGCGCCGUGCCCACGUCGGCGGAGGCGGCUGCCCGGCAGCUGCGCGCAUCGUACGCGGAGUGGCAGAGCGCCACUCGGCGCCUCGUCGCAGUCGGCCACCGCGCCACGCGCCACCGCCGCUGGAAAACCUGCUGCCGAGCGUUCCAGGCCUGGCAUGCAGCCGCUGUGGCAAGGGAGAGACGGGCGUCGGCAAAGCUGGAGGCGGAUGCUCACUGGCAGCAGCGGGAGAAGCGUGCACGCUUCAGCCACUGGCGUGCAGCUGUUGGCGCGGCUGCUCAGAAGUAUGACGGGCACGCCAGCAUCAGAUGCAGGCGUCGGACGCUGCGGGCAUGGCACGCAAACACGGCAAGCUCACAGCAGAAGCGGCUCAAGAGGACCGGUGCCAUGCAGCACGCUGCUGGACGCAUGCGCAACAGGAUGGAGGCGGCGGCGUUCCAGGGCUGGAGGGCGGGUGCGCGAUGGCGGGUCGGUGCACGGCAAAAAGUAGACCGCUGCUCCCGCCGCAUGCAGAGCCUCAACAAGAGCAGGGCCUUUGCCAAGUGGCUGGAGAGCGCCCAGGCCCGCCAUGAUGCAAGGCAGGUCAAGGAGCAGCGCAUUAGAGAGAUGCAAGCCUACCGACUGUCCAAGUUAUUCCACUUUUGGAGGUUGAGGGCUACUCAGAAGGGCAUCAGGCGUGGGACAGCGGUUAGAGCACUGCGAGCCAUGCGCAACUUGACUGCGAGGAGAGCGUUUUUGGCAUGGCAGGCAAAGGCCUCCAGUGCACUGCACAGGAAAGAUAUGGUUGCCAGAGCGCUGCAGCGGCUGAGGAACAGCACGCUGCAUGCUGCCUGGUCUGCCUGGUCCCAGAAGGCAGUUCGCAAGGGCGGGAACCGCGAGAAGCUGGCUCUUGCUCUGCAGGCGAUGCAGGGGAGGACGGCCCGAGCGCUGCUGCGCGCCUGGUCGGCUUGGGCCGGCGGCCGCUCCCGGCGCGUCGACAUCUGCACGACAGCCGUCACCCGCCUGCGCUCACGGCUGCUCUCCGCGGCCUUUGCCGGCUGGGCGCAGCGCGCGCCGCGCACCGCCGCUCUGCGCGCUAAAGCCACCGCCGUUGUCCUUCGCUGGCGCGACCGCUCCCUGACGGCCGCUUUCGGCCGCUGGGCGGACCACGCGCGCCUUGCCGGCACCCAUCGGCAUGUCAUUGCCGCGACCGUGGCGCGAAUAACAUCCCAAAAGCUAGCGGUGGCUUUUGCCUCCUGGGCGGAAUACGCUCCCGAAAGUGCGCUGCAGAGGCGCAAGGUCCAGCGAGCGCUGGCUGCACUGCGGUCGAGGGCGGCGGCUGCGGCGUUCCGGAGCUGGGCGGACUUCGCGCCGCGCAGCGCGCAGAACAAGGCGCAGCUCGCGGCGGCGGUCGGCCGGCUGCGGUCGGCCGCGGCGGCGGCUGCGCUUGCCGGCUGGGUGGGCUUUGCUGCGCGCAAGGUGGCGCGCAAAGAAGCCACGGUCGUGGCCCGGUACUUCCGUACACGGAGGCUGCUUGGCUGUACCUUUGCGGACUGGCUGCGGAAUGCAUUGGAAGACGCGGAUGAACGCAGGGUGUUGCAGAUGUGCGUGCACCGUCUUCAGAGCGGCUGCGUGUGCAGGGCAUUCGACGGCUGGCUGUCCAGGGUGGAAACCAAGGCCGUUGCCAGGGAGAAGAUGCAGCUUGUGCGCGUCGCUCUCAUGGAAGGCACCAAGGUGCGCUGCUGGAACACCUGGCUGGAGGCUGUGGAAGAGGGCCGUGCUACGCGUGUGCUGCUGCACUGCGCAGUGGCGCACUGGAGCUUGCAUGCGCUGAGAGCAGCUCUCACGCAUUGGCGGCAUCAGCUGCAAGGCUCCAAGACACUUGGCCAGAGAGCCAUGUCCAUCUGUGCACGCCUCAUGAAUUCUGUCCUGGUGCGGCCCUCACUUCCACAAGCUUACACCAGGGGUCAGGGUUUGAGAGCCGCCAAGGCGCCCCCAAGGGAUUUGGCCAACCUGCUUUAG